GUUCAGCAAAUUUCGUUUCUCUGGUUCCAAAACCCUAAUCUGUUAUUAUCCUCUUUUAUAUAGGGAAAGCGCACGCGGCCUCCCUCCCACUUGGCCAGGGUCUUUGAAGGAGCAGAACCAGUGACUCAUCAGCCUUGACCCUAGCGUCAGUGUCUCGCAACCAUGUCAAGGAGAAAGGUUAGGGAGCCAAAGGAGGAGACUGUUACCCUUGGCCCUACAGUAAGAGAUGGUGAACAUGUUUUUGGUGUGGCCCAUAUUUAUGCAUCAUUCAAUGACACCUUCAUUCACGUGACUGAUUUGUCUGGGAGAGAAACCCUUGUCCGCAUCACUGGUGGAAUGAAGGUUAAAGCUGAUAGAGAUGAGUCUUCCCCAUAUGCUGCUAUGCUUGCUGCACAGGAUGUAUCUGCUAGAUGCAAGGAACUUGGCAUCACUGCUCUUCACAUCAAGCUCCGGGCCACUGGUGGAAACAAGACAAAAACACCUGGUCCUGGUGCUCAGUCUGCUCUCCGUGCCCUUGCUCGUUCUGGAAUGAAAAUUGGUCGUAUAGAGGAUGUGACUCCAAUUCCUUCUGAUAGCACUCGCAGAAAGGGUGGUAGAAGAGGUAGAAGGCUCUAAAGCGUGUUAUGAUAUAUGCUGGGCUCACCUGGCUAUAUUGUUUUCUUCUACUUUCUAGACAGUAUCGUAUCAUCACGAGGUUUAGCUUAAGUUGAACUUCAAUUUUGGAAUUAUAUUGAAUUUCUCACUAUUGUCUUGUCCAAUGAUUUUGUUUGAGUCAAUCAAAAUGUUAUAGUUACAUACUUCGCCAA